GGAGAGUGCGGACAACCCAACAAGUAUUCUUCUUUGUUACCCAGCUUUUCCUUUUCCGUACCUCGUUAAAGGUCCCACAAAAUCUAGAAAAAAAAUCCCUCUCACUAAGCAAAGCCCUUCUACUAUACACUCUACAACUAUAUCAUGGUAUGUACAUUGUACUAAUAUAUUAUUGUAAAUAAAGUUCUCAACUUGGUUUGCCUUAUAAAAGGCAAUCUGAUAGCGUCGCUUAGGAUUCGUUGGGAGUCCUAGACCUAUUCCUAGUAAAGGUGGUAGAAAAAAGUCUCAGUCAGGCUUUCAGAAAUAAAAAUGAGUGCCAAUAGUACAUUGGAGCAUAUACUCGUGGAAAUACUCAAAGUGCUCAAGCCUAAGCAGGAGGAUUUGGCGACACGGGCUCAAGUCAUUAAUGAACUACAAGAAGUCGUUGAAUCUGUGCAAAGUUUGAGAGGGGCAGCAGUGGAGCCAUUUGGUUCAUUUGUGUCCAAUUUGUUCACAAAAUGGGGUGACGUGGAUAUCUCUAUCUAUUUACCCAAGGAGGGUGGAUAUAUUUCAUAUGUUGAAAAUGACCGCAAGCAAAGAUUACUUAUGGAUUUGCAAAAUCCUUUGAGAGGUCAAUGGCAGAUGGUGCAAUUAAUCCCUGCAAAAGUUCCAAUUCUAAAAUGCGAGAGUAGCCACAAGAUCUUUUGUGAUAUAUCAAUUGAUAACUUGAAGGGCCAAAUGAAGUCCAAACUCUUUUUGUGGAUCAGUGAGAUAGAUGGGCGAUUUCGUGACAUGAUUUUACUGGUCAAGGAAUGGGCAAAGUCACAUGACAUAAAUGAUCCAAUUAGUGGGACUAUCAACUCAUACUCUCUCAGUUUGCUUGUGAUAUUCCAUUUUCAGACAUGUGAACCUGCAAUUUUUCCACCUCUUAAAGAUAUAUACGCUGGAAAUGUUGCUGAUGAUCUUCAAGGUCUGAGAACUGUUGCAGAGAGAAAUAUUGCCGACGCUUGUGCUGCUAACAUAAAAAGGUUCAGAAAAAACAUAUUCAGACGAGUUAAUCACAGUUCUUUGUCUGAACUUUUUAUUUCGUUCCUUGCAAAGUUUUCUAACAUCGGUGACAAGGCCUCAGAGCAAGGAAUUUGUACCAAAACUGGAGAGUGGGUGUGCAGAAGGAGCAAUAAAAGAUGGUCGCUGAAAACUGAUCCAAUAUUGAUUGAGGAUCCUUUUGAGCAGCCAGAAAAUUCUGCGAAGGCUGUUAAAAUAAGUGGGUUGACAAGGAUAUCUGAAGCAUUUGAGAUCAGCCGCCGUAGGCUUAGUUCAGCUGAUCAGAAUCAGGAUUCUCUGCUUGUCACACUUGUUCGAUCACAAGUAUCCCAGGAAAUAAGAGCAUGUCUUAGCAAUCCAGUUUCUUAUGGUGGGGGCUACCAGUCCCACCUAACACAUCCACAUGUGCACAGGAAUGUGAACUUACAGGCAGAAACUCAGAACAAAUUUCAGAACUUGAGGUUGGAAAGCAAUUCUAACAAUCCAACCUUGACAGAAACUGUGAACAUGUAUGGGAAAUUUGAGGCAUCUGAGUCAAUAACGCAGAACCAAUUUCAGAACUCGAGGUUAGAAAGCCGUUCUUACAAUCCAAGCAUGACAGAAAUUGUGCAGGCACAAAGUCAAGGCCAGCACAGUGGAGAUGCUGGAAAAUCAAGUCUCUCCAUUGGUGGCCUUUUGUUGGGAGGCUUGGUAGCUGGACUAGGCUACAUGUUCGCACCCGAGAUAAGCAAGGCAGUUGAUGGUCUGAAGAAGUUUAGAGAUAAUUCUGAUGAUGAUUCAGAUGAACCAAAAAAGUGAGAAGCAUUUGCAGUUGAAUUCUGCCAUAAAUGAUGUUUCUGCUCAGCUUUGUGGAGAUGAUGCCCCCCUAAUGGAGCUGUAGUGAAUUCAGAUAAAAGCUGUAGCUUUAACGUCACAGAAUAUUUUGUUGAAAUUGCCAUAUAAAUUAUUACUACUUUUGUGUGAUUAGUACUGCAAAAACAGUGUUUGGAAUCUUUUAAUCCAUUUUGAUUUUCUGUUAGAUAUGGAUUAAGGUUGAUUGUGGAAAACUGUAUCAGCUAUUAAAACUAUCACAAUUGUUUGAACCUCUUUGCAAGUAAAUGUAAUUUAUUUCCCUAUACAUGUUAGAGAAGGUAAGUGUAAUUUCCCCCAUAUAUUAGUGAAAUAGAAAUGAUGAGUAAUUAGGUUGAAGAUUGAU